UACACGGAAUUAAUCUGUGUCAAUCACACAAACAGGUCUACCAAUCUCAUCUCCGGAUCUUAUCGCAUUUUGGUAUCGCAGUAAAUAGAAUUGCGUCGUUCAUUAUAGAGGAUGUACAUACUCGGAUCAUAUUUGUCAGGAACAAAUCGCAGAAAUAACGGGAAUCUUGUUUGUCUUGGAAGAAUGAUAUAGGUCACUCAUUUCCAUAUUACUCGCCAUGUCAUUCGGCCAACGCGCCCGCGUGAGAGGUAUAGGUGUAAAGCUUGAGAGAUAUCCUACUAUAACAAACUAGCGAGAAGAUGUCCUCACGUUUCCAACUCGACAGAAUCAGCAAGAGAAAGCGGUAUAUUCUAUAACAUCAUUGUAUAGCCGAUACACUUUCAAGGCCCAUUUUCAGCAUUUAUUGAUUCUUAUUGACCACCCUUCCGUGACCUCACUAAACCCACUCUCCCCCUCUAUCUUUCUUUUGUUGGUGACGAAUUUUUGGCGGAACGCUAAAUGUGGAUUCAUACCCAGGAUAGAUCAACCCAGGAGCAAUGCACAGAUAUCAAUACCACCAGUCGCACAGCUCUAGAAGGGGCACUUCCUUGGAGUUUCAUGAUUAUCAUUACGAUGUAGAUUGCUUGACGAGCAUGACGACCCGGAAGGCCCAAAGACUAUUGCUGUGGACAGCCAUUUUAGCGGGCAUUAUGCUCGUGGUCUACAUACCCAUCAUGGUCAGACACGCUCACAGAUCUACAAGACUCGCUCACAGCUCAUGUGGAAGUAAGACCGAAUGCGAUAGGAAAAUUGAGAACGAAAAACGAGAAGCCAUUCGAGCAAAACUGAUGCAACAAUUCGAUGUGAAGAAAUUAAAUGUGAAGGAAAAUAAAACAGAUGAGAUUCAUCUUUUUACCAAAAAAUUAUGGCAUUUUCGACGAGCUGAGGCUGAAAGAGUUUAUCUUUAUCAAAGAAUACUAACAUCUGAAUGGACCGAGAACAGGAAAAACCAACGCAGAAUAAGAUACGAGCUCCGGAAUCACUCUAACAUUGAUGCAGCAAAUUUUGUGAUAUCCCGAUCUACGAAUAGCCCGAACUCCACCUUGGAUUAUUACAUUUUUCCUAAAGCUUUGAGGAAAACCGAUAGUUAUUAUCACUACCACAUGAAUGAUGACCUUUAUGGAAGAUUACCCAAGGUAUCUCCAUUCAAAGAGAAGUUAUACGAUAGAUGCAGUGUAGUAGGUAACAGUGGAAUUCUACUCGACAGUCAAUGCGGAGAGGAUAUAGAUAAAUCCGAUUUUAUAUUUAGAUGCAAUAUAGCACCGAUUGCGCCAUUCAGAAAGGACGCAGGUUCGAAAAGUAAUCUUACAACUAUGAAUCCCAGUAUUUUCUUCAAAAGGUUUGGAGAACUUAAAACAUCUCAAGAUAUGUACGACUUUCUAGGGAACAUCUCAGAAUACAACGGUCAUAUUUGGUUGCCUUGUUUUGCAGCAAGCCAUCUCACCAAUAUAUGUCUGAAAGCUUUCUUCAAUUUCAAUGUUAGCAGUCCCACCGCCAUCUUGGCCAACCCCGAUCAUUUUGUGCAGAUUAUGAAGUUCUGGUCAGAACGGAACCACACCAAGCUCUUAUCGUCAGGUUUCUACAUUACCCAUGUAGCCUUACAGAUGUGCAAGGAAGUGCACCUCUAUGGCUUCUGGCCUUUCCCUGUCAGCGUCAGCGAAAAUGAGCUUAAAGAACAACCUUGUCAUUACUUCAAUGGGGAGCCUUUCACCCGAUCUCACAAUAUGGAUGAUGAAUUCCGGCUGCUCUUUCAGAUGCACCAACACGGCGUCCUUAAGAUGCAUGUCGGCGAGUGCCCAAGUGCAUCCGGAAAGAUUCGGAAACCUUCGGAAGAUAGAACAAAAACGGAAGAUUUGUUACCUCACGAUAUCUCAAGAAGAUGAAAACGGUUGAAAAGCGCGUCAUGUCUAGAAGGACCAGCGCAUUUAUGACGGGUGUACAGAGGGAUUCUCGAGCAGAUAUCCUUCGGUUUGAAGUCACCCUGAUGUCCUCAUCUUUUGAUAUCCACCAGGUAACCCUCGACAUGUCACAGCAACAGAGGUCUAUGGAAAUUAAACAUGUACUAUCCAAUGUGUGACACAGUUUUUUGCUCUGCGGCGCGCAAUGGAUUAAAGAAGACUGUAAAUGUAUUCAAAAUACCUGUCAAGUGACAAAGAACAACCGGGAGGUCUUUUGUCGAAAAUUUGUGAAAUAGAACAGUAGUUUAGUCUUAAGUUUUGGAGCUGACGAAUAAUUGCAAAUAUGUAGUUUGUCCAUCAGGUCCAGGACGAAACGUCUGUUUUGAUUCGGCAAUUUUCGACAAAGACUUUUGGUUGUUCUCUCUCAUGAAGGGCAUUUAAACAUGCGUCUCUUAUGUUCUUGAAUCCGUCGUCGUGCAAAGAUUACCUACUGGCAGCUGUCAACGUGUUCAUGGUGACAUGAGCAUGCAGAAUGGACGGAAAGUGUUGUGUCGAGAACAUGUAAACAUGGUAUAUGUAUUUGAACGGUGAAUGCUUGCAAAAGUGGGAACUUGGACCACAAAAGUUUCAUAAGGUUCGACAAAUUUCACAAGAAAGUUCAUUAACAGUCAUGAUAGUCGUACAGUUUACAUUGUCGAAAAUAAAUUUUGAACAGUUCUUUGCGGGCGUUCAAAACUUCUUUAUUGACUUCUUUAUAUUUCCACAAACUGCUAGAAUUUGCAAAACAGGCGUCAUGAAUUUGUGAACGGUUGUGAGAUAAUGUCGCUUAAGGUUUUUGUUUUUAAAUAAUUUUUUUUAUUUGUUUUUAUUAAAGCGGAAGAGGAUUGACCAAAUUUGACAAACUCAAUUUAAAAAAAAACAUUUUGCCGCAGUCAUUCAAUGUUCAGAUCCAUAUAUAUUUAUCGAGCUCGAUAGCAAGAUCCUCGACAUCGUUUCUAUGGAACCUGCGUGCCCCAGUAUCUAAGCUUAUUAUAGAAUAAUUGUCGUUCAGCGACGUACUUGCGGCUAUACGAGGCUAUCAGGGACGCGGAAUUAUACGCCCGCGUCGCUAAUAGCGUCGUUGAGCGAAAACUAUUAAGCUGCAACACGUUUUUUUUUUCCUCUCUGAAGACGAUCCGCACAUAGACACACGAGCUGCAAGGUAGCUCCAUGAAAUGCAAAAGAAACAUUUAAUUAUUGCAACCGAAGUGUGCUGAAAUCAUAUGUUCAUUAUCUUUGUUUUAGAAAUGACAUGGACUUCUUCCUUAAGUAUGCAACUCAUCUAAUCUCACAAAACUUUGUGUAAAGUAUCAUGGUUGAUGGUGAAGGCUGAAUCGUGUAUACCACUAUUUGUCCUAAAAAGGCACGUAGACCUUCCUUCUUUUAAACAUAGAAUUUUACCAAAGAGAUGGUAUUUUAUUGUAAAAAAAGGGAAAAAAGUGAUCUUUCUGAGGAAACAGAUCAACCGAGGUAGGCAUUGUUGUCCAUUAAGAUUUCUAUUCCUUCAAAGGUACAAUGUUCUUCCCUUUCAGGUACAAAUCUUAUUUCUGAGGUCGGAAAAGAAAAUGAUCAUAUAAUCAUUUGGAUUUCUGACUGUCCUCUCUUAAUAUUUGGACUAUGGUUGGCCAGGCAUGACGAUACAUUGUUUCUGAUUUGGUCUAAUCCGUCGCCGAAGACGGGUGUUCGUAUGUUAUGUAGGUUUAAGCUGAUUCUUACUUUAAAUUAUUGGAUGGCGAAAUGAAUGGAUGAUUGAAAGGAUGGAUAGAUGAA